GUUAUCGUCCCCCCCCCCACGCAAUCCCAGGUGCACCUUGGUCCCCAUCGUACCGCCUCGCCGCACGAGAAGGAGCGCGAGGUGGCGGCGUCUCCGAUGAACGGGCAGGAGCGGACGAGGACAGCGACUCCGGAGUUUUCGGUGACUUUGGGUCUUCCGGCUGGUGCUGAAGACGGGGCAUCGUUUGCGGCGGCAACCACGGUGUACGUGUUCCACGUGGGAGAUACAGCGUUCCUGUCCCGCCCGCUAGAGAUGCCUGCUCAAGGUGUCACCUUCCACGACGAAGAUAAAUUGGCAGCUCUUUUUGCAUGGGCUGGCAUCAAACAACUUGUCCGUGCACAAUUCCCCCCACCGCACACCGUUGCUUUCGGGCACAUCUACCACACACCGUACCUCGCGAAACUUCCGCCUUCUUCGCGGCAGUCCGUGUUCCAGCUGUUGUUCGCUCUCCGUCGUGCCACCUUUCAUGAAGGUCCUCAAGGAACGUCGGUGGUGACCCAGGAGGGAGGACUCCAGCUGCCUCUUGCUAGGGCUGCUUCGACCAACGACUUCAAGCACGAUCUACCAGCCCCCCGGCAGGCCUCUUCACGCCUUGCACAUGGUUCUGGGGAAAACAAGGAUUUCAGUAAGUCGGCGGCUCCGGUGUCCAAGAGCUGGAAGAACCGUUCGGGCGACCGGGAUUCGACGGCCAAGAGCAGGACGGACGACCACCACCGCUUCACCCAGUCUUCGCGAGGGCGCGGCGUCGGAGAUCACAGGCGAGGGCGAACCGUGGGAAACCAGCCUACGAGGUCUUCGCCGGCGAGUCGCCAUCGCCGGAGCAGGAGUCGGAGCGCAGAGCGACAACAGCGCACCAAUCCUUCGUCUAGGCGUGGGCGCAGCCGGAGCGGAGACCGUCGUGGGAGAAACACGCCUUCGUCUAGGCGUAGGCGUAGCCGGAGCCAGAACCAGAGCGGGGGCAAUAGCAGGGCGACCAGCACUGACAGCAGUCGCGGUGGGAAAGGGCGACGGAGGUCAGGCCACGGUAACAGGCAAGUGAUGUAUGAUCGAGGCGUGGGCGCAGCCGGAGCGGAGACCGUCGUGGGAGAAACACGCCUCCGUCUAGGCGUAGCCGGAGCCGGAGCCAGAACCAGAGCGGGGGCAAUAGCAGGGCGACCAGCACUGACAGCAGUCGCGGUGGGAAAGGGGGACGGAGGUUAGGCCACGGUAACAGGCAAGUGAUGUAUGAUCGAGGUGAUUUUCGUAGCUCUGGGUUGUUGGGGGAAAGUAAGGAUGCUUCAGAAGACGGUUCUCUCUGUUCUUCACCGCUUGCUCUACGCCCUCCCGCUAAUGUAGGCCAACCGACCAGGUCUUCUUUGGCUUUCAAACUUGCCAACAUGCAACUUCGUGAACGUUCAGCCGCUGUGAAAAGCCAUGCCCCUGCCCAUGCCGUUAUGGAUCAUCCCGCAUCUUCCUUGCCUUUGGACGAACCUGUUCAGUCACCACACCAUGCUGCAUCACACGCCUCGACUUCGGCCUCCCGUACUGAAACGCUGUUGGAACAAGUACUCACUCUCCUGCGAGCAAAUCAAGUAGUGGAUGCUGCUGCCGACGCGAAUGUACAACCUCCUGUGCCCCCCCACGCUCCUAGCGUGCCACCACCUGCCCCAUCUUCUUCCCCACCAACGCGUCCGGCACCGAUGCAAGACCACGCUUCGAGCUUUUCGGGAGCUCCUGUGGGACGCGAUGUUCGUGCCGAAACCGCUGCCAGGACCACGCCAGCAUCAUCAUCAUCAGCCACGAGGUCGGCGACAGUACCGGUCGAGCCUGCGGUGGCACAGUCAGCGUCGACAGCCCCAGCCCUGUUGCAACAGCCUUUGGUGGUAUCGCCCCCCCCCCUCCAGCGUGCGUCUGUUCUGAUUGAUCCUGACUCUGCAACCGGCCACAUCGUCGAGCCACCGAGUCAAGCGGCAUCACCGGUGCCACAGGACGAUGCUGGGUUGCCUUUGUCUUCCACGGGAGCGAGAGCGAGACAGGAGGCUCUGCACGCUGCGGACGCCGCUGCAGCGGAGGCCGACACCAUUCGCAUUCAAGACAAGAUGGACAAGCUGAAGCCAGAACAACUUGAUAGUGUCACACGCUUGCCCCUCGGUCCUGAUCCUUAUGAAUUUGCUCGGUUCGCGUCUAGCUGCAAGGGUGUGGUCACAGAGAUCCUCAACAAAAGCGACGUCAAGCGCAAGCAGACUUUC